CAGCUUCACAGCAUCGUGCCACCGCCUCUGCUGCCGUCAUACAUGCAUGACCACGGCUUGGUCGGCGACCUCGCGGCUCAAUGGCAGACAUGCUUUGCCAGCACUCCCGGUGCCUUGCAUAUAUAGCAGAAGGUUUGUCUUUUCAUUGCCCGCACACGGCCUUCAUCUCUCCUAUUGUUCCCUGUCAACCGUUAUGGCCCGAACCCUAGCAGUACUGGCCUUUGCUGCUCAAGCUUGGGCACAACUCGAAGGGCGAGGUUUUCCUGACUGCAGCAAUGGCCCGCUUCAGAACAACGAUGUCUGUGACCAAUCGUUAGAUCCGGUCACCAGAGCAAGAGCACUCAUCGCUGAAUUUACGGUCGCCGAGAAGAUCAACAACACCGAUUCCACCAGUCCCGGUGUGCCUCGCCUUGGCCUCCCAGCUUAUACGUGGUGGCAAGAAGCACUCCAUGGCGUGGCAGACAGCCCUGGUGUAAACUUCUCAGAUACUGGAGACUUUCGCUAUGCCACUUCCUUUCCACAGCCGAUCUUGAUGGGAGCUGCGUUCGAUGAUGCGCUUAUCAAGGAUGUCGCCUCCGUCAUCAGUACCGAAGCCAGGGCAUUCAACAACUUCGACCGUGCCGGUCUGGACUUCUGGACUCCCAAUAUCAACCCAUUCAAAGAUAUCCGCUGGGGUCGUGGCCAAGAAACACCUGGCGAGGAUCCAUACCAUCUCAGCAGCUACGUACACAAUCUGAUCCAGGGUCUUCAAGGCGACGAUGAGAAGUACAGGAAGGUCACAGCAACAUGCAAGCAUUUCGUUGCCUAUGAUAUCGAGGAUUGGAAUGGCAAUCUGCGCUACCAGUUCGAUGCUCAUGUUGGCUCGCAAGAGCUUGUUGAGUAUUACAUGCCGCCUUUCAGGUCUUGUGCACGAGACUCUAACGUUGGAGCAUUCAUGUGCAGUUACAAUGCGCUGAACGGCGUGCCCACAUGUGCGGAUCCAUGGUUGCUCCAGGACGUGCUACGAGACCACUGGAACUGGUCUUCACCAGAUUACUGGGUCACAAGUGAUUGUGAUGCGGUACAGAACGUGUUCUUACCUCACGAAUAUGCCGCCACACGCGAAGAAGCUGUAGCAGUGUCAUUAAAAGCCGGCACUGACAUAGACUGCGGACAGUACUUUUCAAGCUUUCUGCCUGGAGCCUACGCCCAAGGUCUCAUCAACGAGGCAGACCUCGACAAGUCAUUGAUCCGACAGUAUACUUCACUUAUUCGCAUGGGCUACUUCGAUGGCACAACACGAGCAGCAGUGUCUGGAAUUACUCUGUUGAAGAAUGACGGCACGCUGCCUCUGAAAAUCGAAAAUGGAACCAAGCUAGCGCUGAUCGGCGACUGGGCAAAUGCAACCUCUCAAAUGCUCGGAAACUACGCAGGUAUUCCACCUUUCUUCCAUGGACCUCUAUGGGCAGCCAACCAGACCGGCGCUGAGGUGCUCUACGCUCGAGGUCCUGGUGGAGAGGGAGAUCCGACGACGAACAAUUGGCGCCCGGUCUACAACGCGGCCAACGAAAGCGAUGUCAUCGUGUUCGUUGGUGGCAUCGACAACAACGUCGAGUCUGAAGGCAGCGAUCGUGUCACAAUGGCGUGGACCGGAGCGCAAUUGGAUAUCAUCUCAUCGUUGGCGAGCUACGGCAAGCCCAUGAUCGUAGUUCAGAUGGGUGCUGGCCAGCUCGAUGACACUGCACUACUCAAGAACGAGAACAUCAGCGCUAUCCUAUGGGGUGGCUACCCAGGCCAGGAUGGAGGCAGAGCAAUUUUUGACAUCAUUCAGGGCGUUGUUGCACCAGCGGGCAGACUUCCCACGACACAGUAUCCUGCCAAGUACAUCUCGCAGAUCCCGAUGACUGACAUGAACCUUCGACCCAAUGCCACAAGCGGUUCUCCAGGACGCACUUACAUGUGGUACAAUGAAGAACCUGUUCUACCCUUUGCACACGGCUUGCACUAUACCAACUUCACAGCCCAGAUCAAAUCAGAAGGUCCCUCCGGAUAUUCCAGUAACUCCUACGAAAUCAGCUCCCUGCUCAAAGGCUGUUCGGAAUCGUACCUCGAUCGCUGCCCGUUCCAGACAUUCUCUGUCGACGUGGCAAACACAGGAUCCGUCACGAGUGACUAUGUCACACUCGGCUUCCUCGCUGGUACUCAUGGUCCUGCACCUCACCCAAACAAGCGUCUGGUCGCAUACGAGAGGCUGCAUAAUAUCACAGGUGGCUCAACAGCAACUGCUGCCCUCAACCUGACACUCGGGAGCUUGGCACGUGUGGAUGAUCAAGGCAACACUGUUCUGUAUCCAGGUGACUACGCUCUGCUGGUCGAUAUUCAGCCUCUCACGACAGUCAACUUCACGUUGACUGGAGAGGCGACGACACUGGAUCACUGGCCGCAACUACCAGCUGAGAGAGUCCAGACCGGUGACUACUUCGUUGGUGGCUACGGUAGUGGUGCUCCAUACCAGCUUCAAUAUCCGACAGAGGUAUAAUUAUGAUAAUGGUUUGCAUAUCGCAUACAAAGCUUGAGGAUGGCCA